AUGGUCAAACCCGUAGCCAUCAUCGGCGCCGGCGCUAGCGGCGCCGCCGCCGCCGCAGCCCUCAAAGCAGAAGACUACCACACCAAGAUCACCAUCUUCGAACGACGAGAAACAGCAGGCGGGACCUGGAUCUACGAUGACGAUCCAGGAGAGCUACCACUCUUGCCUGGUCUCCUCCCACCUGAAGCGGACAAACCAUUACCAGCGCCGACACAUCUUCCAACGACCACUGAACCAACAACACAGAAUCGCUUCGAUAGAACUCCGAUUUAUGCCGAGCUCACGACGAAUGUGCCUGAUGUCGCUAUGAGCUUUACGAAAAUCCCGUUCCCGUAUGGUCCGUUCGUGCCGCAUCAUGUUCCGAAGCAGUAUAUUGAGAAUUACUUCUCCUGGCAUCAGACUGAUUCGUCAUUGGUGUUGAAUACGACUGUGGAAGAUCUGGUGAGGUUGCCGAAGGACCGAUGGCGGUUGGUGUUGAGGGUACACGACGCUAGCAGGAAAGUUGACGAGUGGUGGGAGGAAGAGUUUGAUGCUGUGAUUCUUGCGAACGGCCACUAUUCCGUUCCCUUCAUCCCGAAUGUCACUGGACUGGAGGCGUAUCUGCGCAAGUUUCCUGGUCGGGUGGAGCAUUCAAAGACGUACAGGACACCGAAAGCGUAUGGUGGUCAGAAGGUCGUGGUGGUUGGGAACUCUGGCUUCGGGAGACCGAUCUACAACUCCAGAAGAUCUCAGGGACGAUGUGAUGGUGCCAAGCCGGAACCUGGUGUUGCAUGGCUACCUGUCAUCGAGGAAUUUAGGAGUGACGGCAGCAUACUCUUCGCAGACGGAACGGUGCUCCGCGAUAUUGACAAAGUGAUAUACUGCACAGGAUACAAAGUAUCCCAUCCUUUCUGGAACUCGUCGAAGAAUGGCCGGCAUCUGUACGAUUAUGCCACAGAUCGCAUCGUGAACAACUACCAGCACACUUUCAUUCGGGACUUUCCCACUUUGGCUUUCAUUGGAUUUCCCAGAGUCUUGACGUUCAGGUCCUUCGAGUAUCAGGCCAUAGCGAUUGCACGACUGUGGUCGAAUAGAAGCACAAGGCCGCUGCCACACACUGCCGAGCAGCAAUCGUGGGAAGAAGACCGAGCGCAAAUGACGAAGGCGGAGCGCAGGAAGUUCCAUCAGAUCGAUUGGGACAAUGGCGAAAGCAUGGACUGGUUCAGGUGGCUUUUCGAGUUCGCUGGGCUGCCGCAGUUGGAAGGACACGGUCGGUGUCCGCCGGUGCUUGACACUGGAACGAGGUGGGCGAUUGAGCAUAUCAGAAAGUAUCCUGGUCCACAAAGUGCUGGCUGCGGCGAGGUGCAGAGCUUUCGAGAAGUUGUUGAUGAAGAAGGGAGGGAAGUCGUCGAGCGCCACCAAGACAAUCUGUCUUUUCUGUAG